CAAACAAAAACUGAAACCGCUGGCGGACGCCCACCAACCAAAAAACCACACCUUUCCUCGCCGCCGGCCGCCGCCGCCGCCGCCGGAGAAGCCUCACCUCUCCUCGUCUCCCUCUUCUGGGAGCGCCUGCCUCAUUCCGUUCGCGCCCGCCGGAAGGUAAUUUUUGCUUAUUUACUUGCUGGGCACUGGAUCAACUGAUGGUGGUAUACCUAGAAAGGAGUUUCUUGUAAAUUCUCAUCCAUAUUCAACUCUGCUAUUAUCACAAUGUCCGAGACCGAGUUAGCAGUAAUAAAACCAGAGGCGUUGAAGACUUAUAUUUGGCUUCAGUGUUUUGAUGGUUCCAUACAGCAAGUGGAGGAGGAGGUUGCGAUGUUCUGCCCCAUGAUAUGUCGGGAAAUAGUAAAAAAUGGCACAGGCUCAUCCAAAAAUCAUGCUAUUGCUCUCCCGGAAAGAGUUAAUCCAGCUAGUUUGAGUUUGAUUCUUGACUAUUGUCGGUUUCAUCAGGUCCCUGGGCGCUCAAACAAGGAGCGGAAGUCCUUUGAUGAAAAAUUUGUUAGGAUAGACACAGAAAGACUCUGUGAAUUGACUUCAGCAGCAGACAGUCUGCAGUUAAAGCCACUUGUUGAUCUUACUAGUCGAGCUCUUGCUCGAAUAAUUGAAGGGAAAACACCCGAGGAAAUUCGUGACAUUUUCCAUUUACCAGAUGACUUAACAGAGGAAGAGAAAUUGGAGCCUCUAAAAAAUAUAAAUGAUGAUCCUAGGAUUCGCUUAUUGAACCGAUUGUAUGCAAAGAAGCGGAAAGAGCUCCAAGAGCGCCAGAAGCUAAAGGAUGUUCAAGUACAAGAAGAGCAAAAGGAUGAGAGAUCUUUGGAUGAGUUACUUUGUUUUAUAAAUGGGGAUGGAGGUUCUGGAGGUGGGAAAACUGCCAAGAGUAAGAAAAAGAAUAAAAGAAGGAAGGAUCAAGCUAAGAAUCCCCCAAAAGCUGACUCUGAACCUGUAAAUAAGGAGCAUGUGACUCCAUGCAAAGUGGAUGGUGGCAAUAUUUCUAGACUUCCAUGCCAAAGUCCAGAUAUGCAAGAUGAUGUUGAGGACCCCUUUGAAGAUGCUGACCUCGAUGAUGGACUUGAUCCUGCAAUGAAAGAAGAGCUUGAUAGAGAAGUCGAGGACUUCGCGAGGAGGUUGAAUUCAGUUUGGCCUGAAAGAAUGCAUUUGGGACAGGACAGAAGGAUUGAGUCACAUAUCGGUGGUAAUGGUUCUCUGCAGAGAUUUCCCGGAUUCAAUCACAGGUGAGUGUUAAGCUGGCAGGAUCAAAAGACGGAAGCAGAGGAGAUUUGUGGACAUGCAGCUUGGAGGAGAGCUAAAGACCAAACUGGCCACCUGGCACCUGAGUGUUGAGAAACCUUUGAUAUCUGGUAACCAAGCGUGCGGACAUGUGUGUCUGUUUCCCUAGUCCAUUUGCUGGGGCAGCAGGGGGUCACCAAGUCAGGAUGAAGCAUAGCUAGGUUUAGACUCAAAGGAAAAGGACAGGGUUGUUUCUUUGGGGAGGGAUGGUUAGAGGUCUGCCGUUGACUCAAUUUUUCCUUUGCUGCUGUGUUGCCAAUUUUCCUUAAUAGAGAAAGAGAGUGGUGAUAGCGGUUGGAGCUGUUACAGAUAUCCGUGAAAUUAUGUUGAUUCACUCUAUUGUGUGGUGCACAUAAAAAUGCGGCGAUGUUCGGUUGGUGACCUGACCUAAGCUGGGUUGGAAUACACAACUUUUUACCUCUA